AGCUAACCGAGCUAUUCUAUAUCAGUCUACGUUAGAGCAGUUGCGCGACGAAUCCUGCCUUUGCGUAUGCGCGCGCAGUUUGUUCAAUUCCUAUAAAAUUUACGAACUCUUUCGUAUUCGAAGAUGCAGCGUUCCGUCCAACAAACAAACGGGGAUGGCGUUCUCGCUUCGCCAAGAAAAAAACAACGUUUAUCAAAUGCCUCUGCGAAAGUUACUGUCGUUCUCGGCGCGCAAUGGGGCGACGAGGGUAAAGGCAAGGUCGUUGAUAUGCUUGCAAUGGAUGCUGACGUCGUCUGCAGGUGUCAGGGAGGAAGCAAUGCUGGGCAUACCGUAGUUGUAGACGGUUCAGAAUUUCACUUCCACCUUUUGCCCAGUGGGAUAAUCAAUGCCAAGUGCACGUCACUCAUAGGAAACGGAGUGGUGAUACACCUGCCAGGCCUCUUCGAAGAAUUGGAGAGCAACGAAGCGAAAGGUUUGAAAAACUGGCAAGAACGAUUAGUAAUAUCCGAUCGUGCGCACAUGGUCUUUGAUUUUCACCAGCAAGUCGAUGGUCUACAAGAAUUGGAAAAAGGUACGCAAUCACUUGGCACUACUAAGAAAGGAAUUGGACCAACGUACUCGAGCAAAGCGGCUAGAAAUGGACUUAGAAUUGGCGAUCUUCUUGGAAACUUUGAUAAGUUCUCGCAAAAGUUCGAAUCGCUGGUGUCGUCGUAUCAAAAAAUGUUCCCCGCGCUACAGGUUGACGUGAAAGCUGAGCUUCAACGGUACAAAGAAUAUGCGGAAAGGAUACGACCGUUAGUCAAAGAAACUGUUCAGUAUUUACAUCAAGCAUUACGCGAAGGAAAGAAAGUUAUAGUAGAGGGUGCAAACGCUGCAAUGCUGGACAUUGACUUUGGGACGUAUCCGUAUGUCACCAGCUCCAACUGUAGUAUAGGUGGAGUAUGCACUGGUCUCGGACUUCCACCUUCUUAUAUAGGAGAGGUCAUCGGGGUUGUUAAAGCAUACACAACAAGGGUGGGUGACGGACCAUUCCCCACUGAACUUUCAGACACCACAGGUGAUCUUUUACAGAAAAGAGGUCACGAAUAUGGAGUCACCACUAACAGAAAGAGACGGUGUGGUUGGUUAGAUUUAACCCUUCUAAAAUUCACUGCAAUGGUGAAUGGAUAUACGUCUAUAUGUUUGACUAAAUUAGAUAUAUUAGAUACCCUACCAAAAAUUCAAAUUGGUGUAGGAUAUCGAUUGAAUGGAAAGGAAAUUGAUUAUUUUCCAAGUAGUACUUCUGAUUUAGCAAAAGUAGAGGUAAUUUAUGAAAGUAUCGAUGGCUGGCAGUCAACUACAGAAGGUGUACGUUCAUUAGAAAAACUGCCUUCUAAUGCUAGAAAAUACAUACAAUUAAUAGAGGAACAUCUUGGUAUACCAGUUAAAUGGAUUGGCGUAGGCGCAGGUCGAGAAAGUGUAAUUACACUUUGACGUUACACUUAUCAAUUACUGCAAUGGAAAUGUGUUUGUCCGUUUAUUCAGUUCGCUACUCGUUUGGCGAUAAAUUUAAUUUGUUAAAGGAAAUGAUAAAAUAAGCGCACAGGGCUACACGACAAAGAGAAUCAUAGCAUUAAGCUUUUGAAUUUAGUAGUAUUGAAUAAUUGAAGAACUAAUCUUGAAGUCUCAUUUCUUUGAGCUCCUCCAUACUGGAUAAUUCAUGUAAAUCAUGUUAUCCAUUGUUUGAAUGUAAAAUAAGAUAUGUUAAUUAAAAUAUAUUUAUUUGAAAA